AUGGCUUCCAAACAACAAAAACAAGGACAAAAGUCUGGGACUAAAAAUAGGUCCACACCAUAUUUGGAAUAUGAAGACCCUAGUCAGUUGAAAGACGAAGCAAGUUAUUCUAAACCAGACGAUCAGAACAGCCAGGCCAAGUAUGCGCCAGAAAAAAGAAGCGAAGACAGAGAUUUCGGUACAAUUAACAUUGCGCAGCUUACUUCGUACGAAGACUUCUCUCCUGAUAGAAGAACCACAAGCUCAGAAGAAAAAAGAAAUGAUUACGAAGACAGAGAUUUCAGUACAAUUAACAUUGCGCAGCUUACUUCGUACGAAGACUUCUCUCCUGAUAGAAGAACCACAAGCUCAGAAGAUUUGCGUGAAGUCGAUAAAAUAUUAUUCGAGCGGAUGGCAAUGUUCGAAAAGAGAUUGAAAACAUUGGAAAAUCGUCAAGAUGCAGCAAAGGAGUAAACUCAGAAGCAAAGACCUCCAAGCCCAAGGAAAAAAAGUCAAAAGUAAAAGAUACAUCAACACCAGACGCUAUAAAACCAAUCAAAAGGCAAAAACGUACUUUGCAAUCGUUACUGGAUGAGCUUCACAACUGUUACAUGGCAGGGAGAAAAUCAAAAGCAAAUUUUUGUUUGAGCGAGAUCAAGAAAUUGAUGACGUCAUCAAAUAGACUCAAAGCAGCCGAGGUAA